CUCUCUCUCUCUCUGUACGUACAGCUUCCUAUCUCUAUAUCUCGCCGCUUUUUCUCUCUCAAACCUCUCGUUGUAUCUCUGAUUGGAGAAAAUCACCAGGUCUAUCUCUCUUCCUUCUUUCUUCUGUAUCCACUCGCACGUGUGGAUGUAUGUGUAUUUUCGUCUGUGUACGCGAUUUUGAAGGCUCCAAAUUUGUCAUUGCUUUGCAUUCUUCUUUGGCGAUUGUUUGAUUGAUGUGGUUUAAUUAUUCGAUCUGAAACUUUCCAACUUGUAUUUGAUAGGUUAUGGGAUCCGGGAAUAGAAGCUCAUAGAAAUGAAAUAAGGCGCAAUAAAUAUGGGCUUUUGUAGAAUUGGACCGAUCUAGGGUUUUUUCAGUGGCUUGAUCGGGGAAUUAGGAAGUAUUAUCAGGGAUUUAAAUAAGGUAACCUAGAGUUUCUGGGGAUUGUGAAUGAGGCAUAGGUACUGGCGCUUUUGAUUGAGGUGUACAUUUGAGGGCGAAUCGGAAGAAUUUGACGCUUGAAUUUGGGGAAAAUGCAAAAUACCUUGCUUUAUUAUGCAUGGGAGGGUCAAGCGGGACAGCGAGAGCUGUAAGAGUUUAAGGAGGAGUAACAGUCAGCACAUGCGGCCAGUCCUUCCAUCGGCGACAAAGGUAACUGCCGCAGGUCAUAAUCAUUCUCCUAUUGCUUCUUCCAUCACGACCUCCACCACUGGCGAUUCGUUCUUCAAGGACGGUCGCAAAAUUACUGUUGGUGAUUGUGCUCUUUUCAAACCUCCUAAAAGUUCCCCUCCAUCCAUUGGAUUAAUUCGUUGGUUAGCAUUUGACAAAGAAAAGAAAUUGAAGCUAGGUGUGAAUUGGCUUUAUCGAUCAUCUGAACUGAAGCUGGGAAAAGGCCAUCUGUUCGACGCCGCACCAAACGAAAUUUUCUAUUCCUUUCACAAGGACGAAACUUCUGCUGCAUAUUUACUCCAUCCAUGCAAAGUUGCAUUUCUUCCUAAAGGCGUAGAACUUCCUGUGGGGACAGCUGCUUUUGUUUGUCGACGAGCCUAUGACAUUUCAAACAAGCGUUUGUGGUGGCUAACUGAUCAAGAUUGCUUUAAUGAGCAGAAAGAAGAGGUAGAUCAGCUUUUAUUCAAAACUAAGACAGAGAUGCAUGUGACUCUGCAGCCUGGUGGUCGUUCCCCAAAGCAAGUUAAUGGUCCAACUUCAACUUCACAACUUAAAUCUGCUUCUGAUGAUGGUCAAAAUAAUGGGAAUUCUUUUCAUUCUCAAGCCAGGGGAAAGAAGAGGGAAAGAGGUGAUCAUGGUGCAGAUCCUGUCAAAAGAGAACGUUCUUCAUCGAGGAUUGAUGAUGGUGAUCUAGUUCAGUGGAAAAAUGAGAGUAGUUUGAAAAAUGAGAUUGCUCGAAUAACAGAAAAAGGUGGAGUUGUUGAUUUUGAAGGGGUUGAUAAGCUCAUCAAGUUGAUGCAACUGGAUGGAAUGGAUAGAAAAAUAGAUUUGGUAAAUGGAAUGGAGAGAAAAAUAGAUUUGGCUAGCCGUUCCAUGCUUACCAGUGUAAUGGCUUCCACUGAGAAGGAUGACUGCCUCAAUCGCUUUGUGCAACUCAAGGGUUUACCUAUUUUGGAUGAAUGGCUACAGGAUAUUCAGAAAGGGAAACACAUGGAUUGUAGUAAUCUAAAGGAUUGUGAUAAAUACGUGGAAGAAUUUCUGUUGGUUUUACUUAGUGCUCUAGAUAAACUGCCUGUUAAUCUUCAUGCCCUGCAAAUGAGCAACAUUGGCAGGUCCGUGAAUCAUUUACGAACACAUAAAAAUGUAGAAAUUCAGAAAAAAGCACGAAGUUUAGUUGACACAUGGAAGAAACGUGUUGAGGCUGAAAUGAACAUGAUUGAUGCAAAGUCUGGCUCAACCCAAGCUACAGAUGCAUGGCCAUCCAAAUCACGUCUCCCUGAGGCCGCUCAUGGUGGAAGAAAAAUCCCUAAUGGGUCUGAUAUUGCCAUGAAAAGCUCAAUUUCUCAAAAUUCUGCUGCCAAAACUACUUCAGUUAGAUCUUCACACGGGGAAAGUAUCAUAAAGUAUGCAGCCUCUUCGCCUGGGGCUGUGAAACCUGCUACGCCAUUUUCUUCUGGAAAGGAUAACCAACCCAACGCUUCUGUUGGAGGCAGUGCGGAUGCUCCUCAAAUUAGGGAGGAUAGGAGCAGUAGUUCUAACCAGUCUCAUAGUUAUGGUCAGUCUGUCUCGGUGAAGGAUGACACGAAAAGUUCCACUUCAGCUUUGGCUACUGUUAAUAAGACUUCAAGUAGUAGUGCUCGUAAUCGAAAACUUAGUGGUUCUCCAAGGGUAUCAGCAUCUGUAAGUCAAAAAGAGAACAACUCCAGCAAAGUUUCUUCAGCACACAACAAUGUUGCUGAGGGGCCCAUCUACGAAGGGAGCAGUCCUAAACUAAUUGUUAAGAUACCAAACCGUGUAAGAAGUCCUGCCCAUGGCAUGAAUGAAGGAUCCCUGGAAGAUCCUACCUUAAUGAGCUGCCGAGUUUCUUCUCCUGUUCUUAUGAACGAAAGCUCGCAGUCUGAUCAUGCUUCAAAGGAGAAGAGUGAUGCAAAUCGUUGCAUUGUUGCUGCAGGCACGAAUGCAUGGCAAAAUAAAGAUCCACGAGUUGAAUUUGAUGGAAAGGAGAGUAGUGAGUCACCUGCUGUUCUUUCUGGUGAGGAACAAGGCAUGGCCUCUGAAGACUCCAAGAGAAUAGUGGAGGGACUUCCAACAGACCAAUUAAAUUCAGAAAAAGUACACAAAUCUUCUUUUAGCCCUAUGAAUGCAUUAGUUGAGAGCUGUGCAAAAUAUUCAGAAGCAGCCUCAUCCUUAUCACUUGAAGAUGAUGUUGGAAUGAACUUACUUGCUAGUGUGGCAGCUGGAGAAAUGUCUAAAUCUGAUGUAAUUUCUCCUGCUGAUUCUAUGGAAAGAGGUGUACAUGUGGAUGAGGAAGUUUGUGUUGGUGAUGAGGCAAAAUCUGAGUCUACCCCUGAGGAAUGCUCUUUGGUGGUGCAAUCACAGUUCAAUGAAUCUGACUGUGAUGGAAAGAAACAGGCUAUUGCACCAGUUGAGAUUUCCGGUGAUCGAACGAGUGUUGCUUCUCAUUCUUCCGAAGGUAUUGAUGCUGGAGACCAAGUUAAAGAAAUUAGUUCAACUAACAUAGAUUUGAGAAGCAGUAUUGACCAUGACUCGGAGUCUACUCGGAAGCCAAAUGAAAAGACAGGAAACAGUGAUGAUACAAGUGAAGGAGUCAACAAGGAGAAGGCUGCUAUGGAUAAUGGUUCUACUAGUAACUUGAACUGUAUACAUAGCCGAGGGGAUGUCCUGGUACCUGGAGAAGAACACGGUGAUAUUUCAAGAGUUGGUGAGUGUAAGCCAUUGGUUCAUGUAGCAGGAUCAAAGCCAAAGCCAAUUGAUCAAGGUGAAUCCGGUAAGGUUGUAAAUGAAGGAUUGAACAAGACAGAUGCAGAACAGAAGCUGACUGCUGCAACUGUUAAGUCCGGAAUUGCGGAAACAGCUAAUUGUGAAAAUCUACUCCAAGCUGAAAGUGACCGGAUAUUACUGCCAGAAGCUGAUGAUGCAGAGAAAGUCCGAGAACUCAAUUAUGGGGCUGCAAACAGUUCUGCAAGUAAGCCUGGAAGGGAAAAGGAUGCAGCUGAUGAAAGUCAUACCAUGUCUGAUUUGUCUUCCACAUCUCAUGAUCUCAACUCUCAUCAUGUAGAUGAUAAUGUAGAAAACCAGGUGAUUCCAAAUCAUCUAUCAGUGUCUGAGAGCAGAUGUUCUGAUGCAGCAGAGAAUGAACCUCAGGGCGAAGCUGACUUGAGAAGAUCCAAGUCUGGGAGCAUUCAGCCAGAAGAGGCUAACAAAUAUGCUCCCACUGGUUCUGGCAAUGCUUCUCCCGCCGCAGGGGAAACAGAUCCAGGUACAAAAUUGAAGUUUGACCUGAACGAAGGUUUUUGUGCUGAUGAUGGGAAAUAUGGGGAGUCCAUUACACCAACAUCCUCAGGACCAGCAACUGUUCAGCUCAUUAACUCAUUACCAUUUUCGGUGAAGUCUAUCCAAAGUGGCCAUUCUGCCUCCAUUACUGUAGCUGCAGCUGCCAAAGGCCCAUUUGUUCCUCCACAGGACUUAUUGAAAAGUAGAGUGCAACUUGGAUGGAAGGGUUCUGCUGCCACCAGUGCAUUUCGACCUGCUGAGCCCAGAAAAGUUCAUGAAACCUCAUCAAGUCCGACAACUUUGUCUUGCCCUGAUGUUUCUACCACUAAACAUGAGCGCAUCCCUUUGGAUAUUGAUCUAAAUGUUCCAGAUGAAAGAGUUCUGGAGGAAAUGACUUCUCAUGGUUGUGGUGGCCUAGAUCUUGAUUUGAAUACAGUUGAUGCAAAUGAUGCUGUGCACUGCUCAGCGAGCAGCAAUCCUGAAGGCAAGGUAUCUGCACUCCAUGCUAAACAUUUAGAUAGUUUGCAUGUUUGGAGGGAUUUUGAUCUCAACAAUGGACCUUUAGCCGAUGAUGGUAGUGCUGAGGAGUUCCCAUUUAUUAAUCAGCUAGUUAAUGGUGGUGGUACAUCUCAGUUGCCUUCUGCUGGUCUUAGAACAAACAGUUCAGUUAUGGGCAAUUUCUCAUCUUGGUUUCCUCCUGGAAAUGCGUACUCAACAAUGGCAAUCCCAUCAAUGUUACCCGAGCGAGGGGAGCAACCCUUUUCUGUUUAUCCACCUGGUGCGGCCCAGAGAACAUUUGAGCCUACUGGUGUUGCUCCAUAUAACCGUGAGGUGUUCCGUGGAUCAGUAUUAUCAUCAUCGCCUGCAGUGCCAUACCCAUCCAGUCCUUUCCAGUUACCUCUAUAUCCUUACGGAACCUCCAUUCCUCUCCCAUCAGCCACAUUUUCUGUUGGGUCAGCCUCAUAUGCAGAUUCUUCUACUGUAAGGCCUUUUGCCUCUCCAGUGAAUUCACAGUAUCUAGGACCUGUUGGUUCAGUGACAUCACCUUUUCAGAGGCCAUUUAUGGUUACCUUUCCUGGCAUUAGUAAUAACAGCAUGCUAGAGAGCAACAGGCAGUGGAGUAGACAGGGUUUGGACCUUAAUUCAGGCCCUGGACCUCUGGAAAGUGAAGUCAGGGAGGAGAUGUUGCCUCUUUCGUCUGUCCAGCAUGCUGUUUCCACUUCACAAGGUCUAGCAGAGGAUCAGGCUAGGAUUUUUUCCAUUUCAGGCAGUAUUUUGAAAAGGAAGGAGCCCGACGGAGACUGGGAUAAUGAGUCAUUCAGACGCAAGCAGUCUUCAUGGCAGUAGAGUAUAAACAUCUGGAACAUAACAAUUUGUAGAAUCCUGAGGCUGUCAAUGUUGUGAGGUGAAGUGCUGGUUCUCGUCAGUGUUGCUGUUACUGUAGUUUCGGAAGCCAAUUUACUAUCAUCUUCAUGAUUUCUCUUGAGAGGACUGAUGGCUUGCUAGUAGGUCUUUAAUGUCCAAAUCUCCCCCUACUCUUUCUAGGCAGCAUAUACUCAUGCCUUCUGUAGAUAUUCUUACUGCAAAAAAACAUAAACUUCUGGCGCCUAGGUACUGAAGGUCGUAAUUAAAAGUAGUUUUGGUACGACGUACUAACCUUUUCUGAGGAGGCUGGUCUUAGUACCGAUGGAACUGAAGCCCUUCGGAAUUUGAACUUGCCUUAAAUUUUUCCCCUUCUAACAUCUUCAUAUCCUUAUUUUCCCCAUUCAUGUGUAUGUGUGGGGUUCAUCGUAAUUAUGAUACAAUUUUUUAUUAUCUUUCCUCGUUCUGGUAUUGCGGGUCUGUACACUGCCUUUUCAUUGUAGUGCAGCCAUACUCAAAUACCUGUCAUCUUUGUGCUGAUGAAGAAAUUUUGAUUGCAACCAUGUGAUGAUUUUAUAUCGGAUGAUGGGACUAUAGAUGAAUACAGAUGAAUAUACUCUUCCGUAACUUA